CCUUCCUGGAGCUUCCGUUUCCGGUUCUGACGGGUGCUUCGUCUGGAAAGAUGAUCGGGGACAUCCUGCUGUUUGGGACGCUGCUGAUGAACGCUGGGGCCGUGCUCAACUUUAAACUGAAAAAGAAGGACACGCAAGGCUUUGGGGAGGAGUCAAGGGAGCCCAGUACAGGGGACAACAUCCGGGAAUUCUUGCUGAGCCUCAGAUACUUUCGGAUCUUCAUUGCCCUGUGGAAUGUCUUUAUGAUGUUCUGCAUGAUCGUACUCUUUGGCUCUUGAGCCUUGGAUACAGAACCCAGGAUUCAUUUUUCCGGAUGUCAAGUCUUCAUUUCUCCGUUCCUGAUGACUUCAAGAAUGCUUUUGACCAGAAAACCAGGGACCUUCCCAGAAAACCUAAGCUCGUGGUGGGUGGAAAAAUAUUCACCAAAAUGCCGUGGUUUCCCAGCCAUGUCACUGUUUUCAAAGGUAGUUUCAUGUUGGCCUCUGAAUUGGAAUGUUGUCAACUUAAGGGGUUUCAGGAAGGUGUCCAGGAGGGGCCUGACAUUCCCCUUAGAGGAAAGAACAUGUCUAGGUCCUUCCAUGGCAUUGGAAUCUUUCCUCUGCCAAGCUUUCACAAGAAACCUGGUUUUGGAUAUUUCUUGCUUUAUUUUUAAUAACCAUCCUUUUGGUUAGAAUUGCCCAAAUUUUAAAAAAUCAUUUUAAUCCAGGGGUCUGAGCAGAAGAGUUGACAUUUAAGUCUGAAGUAACCUCUUUAGGGCAGUGUUUAUAAAGAAUAAUGAGUUCAGUGUUGCUUGCUGGAUCUGACAGUGGCUCUGGGCUCCCCCCACUCCCAGGGCCCUGAUUUCAGAUUUGUCCCCCAGCCCCGUGACAAUCUGCUCGGCCACUCUGUGAGCUGAGGUCAUCCCCAGGACUUGAAGGAUCAGGUCACCUGUCACAGGGACACCAACCCUCCUGUUUAGACCCUAAACUGUUAGUAGGAGGGAUGGGAUGGACCACAGUGAGGGGUUGCAGAAGAGGAGUGUGGAUAGUUGGCAGUGUUUGAGGCAAGUGUUAGGAGACAAUUUGCUUUGCUUUGAAGCCCUUUGUUAAAUAAAGUGACUUUGGGGGCCGCUCGUGUACACUUGUGUGAAUGAGAGGGAAUUUUUUGUGUAUGAUACUUAACCACAUUCCAGAAGCUUCGGUUUCAAGUCUUCUUUUCGUGUAGGUGAUUUUAAGUUUGAAAAACAGCAAGUCUUGGUCUAGGAAAUACAGUGCUUGGUCCAGAAGUUUCUGUGAAAGGGAGUUCUGGUUUCGUUGCUAAAGGGGACGUUGCUGGUUGGCAUCCCACAUCUGUAGCUGAUUGAUUUGUUUUGGUUUUUGAAAUCUUGACGUAUAGGUAAACCUGGAAGGAGAAAUAAAAGUAAAUAUGCAGGUUUUUAGAAUUCUAAUAGCAUUGAAAAUAAAACUCGUUUCUAAAAAGGAACUUUGGUUUAUACUUUUUGGUUUAUUUAUUGAGAUGGGGUCUCACUCUGUCGCCCUAACUUGGGCCCAAGUGAUUCUCCGCCCUCACCUCCUGAGCAGCUGGUACUGUAGGUGCCUGCCACCACACCCAGCUGUUCAUCCUUUUUUUUCCCCCUAAAGUAGGAAGUCAGCUUCCAAAUUAUCUUGGGGAAAACAUCCAAGAUUCAUUUUGAAGCCUAUCAUAAAGUCAGAAAAUAGUUGAUACAUUAUCCCUUUUAAAUUUCACUCAGUUAACGAUGGUCAAGAAUUGGGCAAAUGUGAUAUUUGGCCUAGACCAGGGUCACGUCCAGUUUCAGGGCUACUCCAUUACCAUGAUUGUCCUGCGUUGCUUUGAUAAUUUAUUCCCAUGUCAGAUCGGGGCCUUUGUUCUUGUCAUAAUGACACAUGCCAAGGUGUUGCCCAUCCCUCCGUCGGCCCCGUGCAUGGUGUGAGGACACCUUUCUGACUUCUUCAAGCUGAAACUGCAACUUCUGGGAGGUGAGGCAUUGGCCUGUCAGGGAAAGGAAGCUUGUGCUAAGAAGGGAAGGCUAAGUGGAGGUUCUGUUUCAGUGGUUGUAUUUUGUGCCAGAGAACUAUUAUCUCAUUGUUACGUUUAUAUAACAGAGAGGCUUUCUCACAUGCCUGGUGGAGGCUGCUGUACAUCUCAGAAAGUGAACCUCAUGAAUGGUCUUGUUCUCUCUCUUUCUUUUUUUUUUUUUUUUUUUCCCACUGCUGGGGAUGGAACCCAGGGCCCUCAGCAAGUGCUCUCCCAUUGAACUAUGGCCCCUGCCCACAUGGUCUAUGGUUGUGCCUCUGCCCUGGCUACGUGUCCUGUAGGGCUCAUAUUGGAACCCAUUUUUGAUUCCUCUGCCCGUCAUUUUGCAGUCUUUCCUUCCUGUGGGUGCCUCAUUGCACUUUAGUUUUCUUGUUAAUAAAGUUUUAUUGGAACAUU